UGUAAACAAGAAGUGCGAACGCAGACGCGGCGAGUUUAAUUUUGCUCAGCCGUGCAGCGACAUUAAAUAUUGUCAUAAACUCGCAGCGUGUUGUUUCGGUAUAUUUAAAUGAACGUAUACGUGAGCUAUUGGAUUGUUCCAGUAGUUUUGACUGCUGUCUGUGGAUGAGUUGGUAAUAAAUUGACUUCUUUUAGACCCCAGCGACUGGUGGAAGCUACAUUUCGGCUAGGCUAGGCUACUUGAUAUCUGGCCUGAAGACUUUGGGGAUGUUUUCGUUGAAUUCAAUACAGUUUUCUGCACCGUUCGCGGAGUUGGCAGUGGUUGGCUGUUACUCCUCUUAGCUAACUUCAUAAUGAGCAGUUCGACAGAUUGAACUGGCUAAAUACUGUUACCAUGGGAGAUAAAGAGCUCAGCCUUAUUGACAAGCAGUUGACAAGUUUAAAAGAUGUUCCCCUGAGUCCUGAUGUUACAUCUCUUAAUCUGCACUGCAAUCACAUCCCGAGGAUCGAGGGCCUGUCCUCUGCUUGGCAUUUGCACCACUUAGACCUUUCUUCCAAUCGCAUAUGUAAGAUUGAGGGUCUGAGUUCCCUCACCUCCCUCAGGACUCUGAAUUUAUCAUCCAACUUAAUCACAAAGGUUGAAGGAUUGAAUGGCCUUGUGAACUUGAAGAAAUUAAACUUGUCCUACAAUCAGAUAAAUAAUGUUACAGGUCUGCUGUAUCUUCAUGGCACUGAGUACAAACUGAAGCACCUCAGUCUUCAUGCCAACCUCAUAGACAGCAUCGAUCAUCUUCUGCAGUGUCUACUGGGGUUACAAGGCUUACGUAGCGUCACUUUAAACCAGGAUGGUGAAGACAACCCCAUCUGCAUUGCACCAGAAUACUGGGAAAUUGUUAUGGAGUCAUUGCCACAGAUUUCUGUCCUGGAUGGCCUGGACCGGCUCAGACAUCCUUCGUCUCUGGGUAUAAGCAGUGACAUCCCUGGGCUGGAUGACUAUGUGGACUUUUUGCUUUCCUCCGAUACAAGCCACGGUGAAGCGGUUAGGCGUGCUGUCACCAUGCCAAGCAUCGACAAGGCACUAACUGAGUUUCGGCAGGAGAUCGCCUCAGAAAAAACAAUAGACGCCGCCACAGGUCCAGUCACCCAACCAGUCCGUCAGAACUCUCAGCCAGUUUGUCCCACUGUUACUGUUUCACCUGACCCCGUCAAUGAAGAGCGCAUCAAGAAGCUGGAGCACCAGGUGUCGCAGCUCAUCCAGCAGGCCCCUGCCGGUGAAAGAGUAGGCAUCUCUACUUAUGCUCAGACGAAGAUACGCAAAGCCAAGAGGGACACAGACCAGACAUCAGAAAGUGAAUGUGACGGGAAAGAAAACAAAAAGCACACAAGAAUUUCCAAAUUCCAUAACACGACAACGACAAGCACGACCACCCAGGAGUCCAAGAGCACCAGAUCGGACAGCGAUCACGAGAAUAGUAAAGUGAACAUGUCAAAGUCUGCUGUGGGGACCAGAAGAAAGGCUGCUGGAGCUAGAGCUGCACAGUCCAUUUCUCAAACCUGGAAGCGACCUUUGAGAGCAGCUAAGACCUCUGGCUGUGUAACAGUCAAGUCCUCUCAAGAAGAAGAAACCUAUAGGAUAAUCAUGGAGGAGCGCGAUCAGGAAAUGGAGAGACGUUGGAAGGCAGAACAAGCUGUGAGGAAGCUGACAGAGGAGCUGAAAUGCCUGCAGACAAAAGUCAGCGAGGAAAAAGACCUCCAGAGUAUGGCUCUGCAUACCACAGAUAGACUGAAGGAGCUGCUGCUGAAAGAGAGAUCAGGACGCUCUGAGCUGCAGGCUCGUGUUGAGGAGCUGGAGACAAGGUGUCAGUCUCUUAGCCGGCAGCUGGAGCAGGCCCGGAGCAGUGAGGAACAACACAGAGCUUCGCUGCAAAGACUGGAGGAAACCGUCUCCCAUGGAGACGCUCUCAGGGCUCGCCAGCAGGCUGAGGAGGUACACUUUCUGACUGUGUAUAGGAGGGCUCUAAAACAGCUAGAGCUGCGGCUGCAGCCCGGCGGGGCAGAUUUCCAGCAGGCGGUGUCAAAGGAAGUAGCAGCAGUGGAACAGAGACAUCAGCAGAGGGAGGCGGAGCUGCAGGAGAAGCUGGCAGAGGGCAGGAAGCUGUAUGCUGCUCUGGAGGACGAGUUCCGUAUGGCGCUAACCAUCGAGGCAAAUCGCUUCUCCGAGGUGAAGGAGGCUUGUGAUCAUAUGACUGCAGAGCUGAUGGAGUUCAAGACGAGCCUUGCUCAGUCCCAGCAAAAGGAGAAGAAAUCAGGUGCUCUGGUGCAGGAACUCACCGCAAUGGUGAAAGAACAGAAGAACAGAAUCUCUGAGCUCAUCAAAGCCAAGAAAGAUGCUGUUGCUGAGCUCAAGAACCGUGUGCAUUACCUGGAAACAGAGGGAGAGCAAAGCCAGCGUUUAGGGCUGCAGCUCGAGAUGCUGAAGAAAGAAAAGGCACGGCUUGUUUCUCAGCUCACAGCUCAGGAGUCGGUCAUUGACGGCCUGCGGGCUGAGAGGAGGAUUUGGGGCCAGGAGCUGGCCCAGCAGGGUGCGUCGUUGGCUCAGGAUCGUGGACGUUUGGAGGCCAGGAUAGAGGUGCUGACUGCUGAGAUGGAGACUCAGAGAAAACAGAACGACAGAGACCACGAUGCCCUUAGAAUCAAAGCCAAAAUUGUGGAUGACCAGACUGAGACCAUUCGAAAACUAAAAGAGUCGUUGCAGGAGCGUGACGAUCUGAUCCGCAGGUUGAAGGAGGAGGCUGUGCAGACCCAAAAAAAGUUUCAGCAGCAGCUAGAGGGUGAAACAAGCCAGCAGACUGAGCUGAAAGAGCAGCUGGUACAUCUUACCCUGCGUAAAGAGGAGCUGAAACAGCAGCUGGAAGAUAAGGAAGCAGAGCUGGAGGAUGUCAAAAGAGUUUACAGUGACUCAAACCAGAAGUGGCAGGAGAAGGCAGAGCUGCUAACUCGACUUGAAAGCCAAGUGAAACGUAUGAAGGAAAAUUUUGAUUCCAAGGAGCGCUUGCUGCUGGAAGAAAGAGAGAAAGCAUCAGAGGCGCACAAAGCUGCAGUGGACAAGUUGCGCUGUGUGGAUGAUGCUUUUCGUCGGCAGCUGGAGUCAGUCCAGGCCGCACAUCAAGCCGAGCUGCUGCAGCUGUCUAAUGAAAAACAUAAACACAUAGAGCAAGCUAAUCUAAAGGUGUAUGAAGUAGAGGAAGAGAUGCGUCAACUCCUGGAGGAGACGAAGGCCAACAAGAAAGUCAUGGAGGAAAAACUGAAGCGCCUUACAAAUGUGUUAAAAGACUUUAACACAUAAAAUGUCAACAACAUGACCACCGGACAGUUUUAAUGCUGAAUUUAUUUUUAUAGAUGCAACUGUAUUUUUUGUGUGUAAAUAUUUAAAUAUUUUUAAAAUCUUU